AUGCUGCGCCUUUGGGCGAUUGCCUCGGCCUUGUCGCUUUGCAGCGGCGAGAGCCUCCCAGAAGACCUCCUAGAGUUCAACGAUGAGUGUGCAGAGGGCUCUUGCGCCUUGAAUGCCUUACAGCAUCGUCGCCAGCCAAAUGCAUCAGAAGAAGAACAUGCUUAUGGUUCGGAAGAGGAAGUUCUUCAAGCAUUCAAGGGAAAGGAAGCUGUGCCGCCCGGCUCACCCAAGUGGAUUGAAUGUGACCCACUCUGCCCAGAGAUGCCGGCGCCCUCAGAUUCUUCGGACUCCCUGGGCGCUGGACCAGAGGAGGAUGACUUGGGAUCCAUGGGCCUUUGGCAUGCAGGCGCCAAUUGCUGGUACCGAUGCCAUGGUGCGGGUUCCUGUUCCGGCUACUGCGGACCGGGGAAUUCCUGCUGCCGCUGGCAUGCGCGCUAUGAUCCACCAGCCUGUCGUUCAGUGAGGUGGUGGCCCGUUAUCCACUGGCACACCUGCGUCGCGACAGGUCACUCGCAUCACAACCCUUCUCCACCGCCUUCCUCAUCUUCUUCAGGCUCCGGCUCUGACAGCUGUGCGAACCGUGCUUCGAUGGGAGAUGUGAUUACUGUCUACCACCAGACUGGCUGCAACAUCGGCCCGCAGAUUCUGAGAGAUGGCUUCCGCCUGGGCCAUUCUGGCUGGUGCGGCGGCGGCAUCUACUUUGCCAGGAGCCCGGAUGCGACCACCACCAAAGCGAUCGGACCUGACUCGCACAAGGGCUUCAUGAUCGAAGCUCGCGUCCGUGUCGGCAACGUGGCCUACGGGGAUCGCAAGUGCAAGGUCAAUGGGCAGUCCUUGCAGGGGCAGAGCCUCCUGCGCGCUGGCUACGACUCCAUCGAGUUUGACCCGGGGGAUGGCCAGGAGGUCAUUGUCUACUGCUCCAGUCAGGUAAUUUCGACCAGACAGUAUCCUUGGAAGUGUUCGUGA